AUGAACAUUGGAUGCCUUAGAAAAAGAACCAUGGAGAAAUAUAUUAAGGUGCAGAAGAUUGGUGAAGGAUCCUUUGGAAAAGCAAUUCUCGUCAAAGCUAAAGAAAAUAGCAGACAGUAUGUUAUUAAGGAGAUAAACAUCUGUAAGAUGUCCAAUAAAGAGAGAGAAGAAUCAAGGCGAGAAGUUGCUGUGUUGGCAAACAUGAAACAUCCAAAUAUUGUCCUGUAUCGGGAAUCAUUUGAAGAAAAUGGCUCUCUCUAUAUAGUGAUGGAUUACUGUGAAGGAGGGGACCUGUUUAGACGAAUAAAUGCUCAGAAAGGGAUCUUGUUCUCAGAAGAUCAGAUCAUGGAUUGGUUUGUACAGAUUUGUUUAGCACUAAAACAUGUACAUGACAGAAAAAUUUUGCAUCGAGAUAUAAAGUCACAGAAUAUAUUUUUAACCAAAGAUGGAACAAUACAACUGGGAGACUUUGGAAUAGCUAGAGUUCUUAACAGUACUGUAGAGCUGGCUCGCACUUGCAUAGGAACACCAUACUAUUUGUCACCUGAAAUCUGUCAGAACAAACCUUACAACAAUAAAAGUGACAUAUGGGCUCUUGGUUGUGUUCUCUAUGAAAUGUGCACACUUAAACAUGCAUUUGAAGCUGGUAACAUGAAAAACCUGGUACUGAAGAUAAUCUCUGGAUCUUUUCCUCCUGUUUCUCUGCAUUAUUCUUAUGAUUUACGUAAUCUGCUUUCACAAUUAUUUAAAAGGAAUCCUAGGGAUAGACCAUCAGUCAACUCCAUAUUGGAGAAAAUCUUUAUAGCCAAACGGGUGGAAAAAUUUCUUACACCACAGCUUAUUGCAGACGAAUUCAGUCACAAAGUGUUCCACAAGUUUGACGCCCCUGUAGCACCAGUAAAAAGACCAGCUCAAGGACAAAUCUGUGCUUCAGCUGUGCCAGCUCAGAAAAUUACUAAACCUGCUGCAAAAUAUGGAGUGCCUUUAAUGAUCAAGAAAUCUGGUGACGCAUCUAAAAAAUUUCAUGAGAAGAAACCAUUAGCUAAAUUUAGACAGGUGCAUCCAACUCCAAUGAAGAAAAUGAAUCCAGGAGAAGAAAGGAGGAAAAUGUUUGAGGAAGCUGCAAAAAAGAGAAGAUUCGAAUUACUUGAGAAGGAAAAGCGACAAAGAGACCAGAUCAGUUUACUGAAGGCAGAGCAGAUGAGAAGACUGGAAAAGGAAAGGAUGGAACGGAUAAACAGAGCCAGGGAACAAGGCUGGAGAAAUGUGCUUAGUUCAGGUGGAAGUGGUGAAGUUAAGGCACCAUUUUUUGGUGGUGGAGGUGGUGUUGGGCCUUCCCCUGUGCCUGCCAGAGGACAGUAUGAACACUACCAUGCUAUCUUUGACCAGAUGCAACAGCAAAAGGAAAAUAUUAAAGUAGGUGAGGAGAGAGAAACCAGAUGGAGAGCAGAAAUACGAAGUCGGGAAGCUGUUGAAAGAGGAGUUCCACCUGGAGUACGUCCAGGAUUUCCUAAUGGGCCUGAUGGUCAUCACCAUUUACCAGAUGCUGAUGCAAUUAGGAAAAAAAUCAAAAGAUUGAAGGAGGUGUCUAAACAAGCCAGUGCAAACAGGCAAAGAGGAUGGGUAGCAGCAGAAAGAGCAAAACAAGUUGAAGAAUUCUGGCAACGAAAGAGGGAAGCUAUGCAAAACAAAGCUCGUGCUGAAGGACAUAUGGGUACACUGCAAAACCUGGCAGCUAUCUAUGGAGGCAGGCCCAUUUCUGCAAGAGGAAGGAAAUCCAGAAACAAGGAGGAAGAGGAAUACUUGGCAAGAUUAAGACAGAUCCGACUUCAAAACUUCAAUGAACGCCAGCAGAUUAAAGCUAAACUUCGUGGAGAAAAGAAUGAAGCUGACAUUUCUGAUGGACAAGAAGCAAGUGAAGAAGCAGAAUUGAGACGCAAAAAAAUUGAAGCACUAAAGGCCCAAGCAAAUGCGCGAGCUGCAGUUCUGAAAGAGCAACUAGAGCGAAAGAGAAAGGAGGCAUAUGAAAGAGAGAAGAAAGCUUGGGAAGAACAUUUGGCAGCAAAAGGGGUAAAGAAUCCUAUGGUGCCUUUUAAUGUGUCGGCAGCUGGGGUUAGUCCUAUGCCUGGGCAACAAGAACCUGGAGGACCGCCUGCCAAACCACAACUUCCAUUGAAGCCCAGUACACCAGUUAUCUCUAUGACUUCAGCUUUGAAGGAAGUGGGCGUGGAUGAAAAUACAACUGCUAUCCAGGAAACCACAGAGGAAACAAAGAAGGCAGAUCUUGCUGUGCAAAAUAAAAGAGAAAUACUAAGAAGAUUGAAUCAAAAUCUUAAAACACAGGAAGAUGUAAAAGGAAUAAAGGAGCCUAAAGACACCUGUGAGACAGCUGUGGCUGAAGAGAGUAAAGAAGAAGAAGAAUAUCCUCUUCUAGUAGAUCGCAAGAAAUGGGAGGUUGCAGCAGCUGAGCUGGUGGUUCCUCUUGCACAGCUAACUAUGGAAGAAUCGUUCUCGGGGACAGAGAGUAAGGGCUUGUCUUCACUACCCGCCUGGAUCGGCGGGUAG